AUGGCGAUUGGAGCGGGAAAUGAGAACUACGUGAUGCAAGUUUCCAUCAAUCCCAAUGAUCCGUCGGUUCUGGCGAGUGUUUGUUCGGACAAAACCAUAAAGUUCUGGCGAUUGGGAGAAGAAAAGGUCGUUCGAAUUCUGGAAGGAGUGAAUUGUGUGGAAUUCUGUAAAGAGGACGGAAAAAUGCUGUCAGGAUCAGAUGAGACGUCGAUUAAAGUUUGGAAGGAACGAAAAGAGGUAAAGUCUUCAUUGUCAGGGCUUCUACUAUUGUUCGUUUUCAGAAAUGCCUCCGAACUCUAUCGGGACACCACCACAAUGUCACGGCUGUCUCCCAACACAAACAGUUUAUUCUCAGCGCGUCAAAAGAUGUGACUAAGGAAACAUAUAUUUUCAGUCUGGAAAAGGUUCUGAACUACGAGAUGGGAAGGGCUUGGAGUCUGUGCGGCGGCGAGGAAACGGUUGCCAUCGGAUGGCGAUUCUGGAGCCGUCGUGUUGAAACUGAGCUGUAA